AUGAAUCAACAUUGAAACAACAAAAUUACAAGCUUCAACAACAUGAGCUCACCACCCAAUCUCAGGCACCUCAAAUCCCUCUCCCAACUUGUUGUGAAUAACUUUCUUGUCAUGAUCUCUGUGCCAUUUGCAACCAUCUUGCUCCUCAAAGCCACACAAAUUGGCCCUGCCAAACUUCUCACAUGGAUACAUGAUGUGCGGUAUGCCCACCUCUCUCUAGCCACCUCCCUUCCAAUUGUCUUAGUAACCCUUUACCUCUUGCACCGCUCUCGCAGUGUAUACCUUGUGGACUAUGCUUGCUUCCGCCAUACAUCCAAUUGCCGUGUCUCCAUGGCCGCAUUUAUCGAACAUGCUCACCACAUGCCAUUCAUUGACGAUAAAAGCAUUGACUUCAUGACUCGCAUGAUUAAGCAUUCAGGCCUGGGUGAUCAGACCUACACACCCCUUGCUUCCCACUACAUUCCACCGCAUCACACUUUGAGUGAUGCUCGUAAUGAGGCUGAGCAGGUUAUCUUUUCAUCCAUUGAUGACUUAUUUGCCAAGACAUGCACCAAUCCUCAGGAAAUUGACAUACUCAUCACAAAUUGUAGCGCUUUCAACCCGACGCCAUCCUUGGUUGACAUGAUUGUAUACAAGUACAAGCUACGGGGUGACAUCCACAACAUCCACAUCUCUGGGAUGGGGUGCAGUGCAGGGUUGAUCUCAGUGGAAGUUGCAAAAAACCUCUUGCAUGUUGCUUCCAAGGGUGCACUUGCACUAGUGGUGUCAACAGAGAUCAUCUCACUCCACUUCUACACAGGGAGGAACCGUUCGAUGCUGCUACCAAAUAUCCUAUUCCGCAUGGGUGGGGCUGCGGUUCUAUUAUCAACAUCUAGGUCUAAAUCCCGGUUUAGGCUCAUGCACAUUGUACGCACACUCACUGCUGCCCAAGAUAAGUCUUAUCAGUGUGCAUUCCAAGAGGAGGAUGACAAGGGUGAAAUAGGAAUGAACCUAUCGAAAGACCUUGUGGCCAUUGCUAAUGAUGCGCUCCAAGCCAACAUAACUACAGUAGGGUCCCUUGCCCUCCCAUUCUCGGAGAAACUACUAUUUGGGCUCUCAUUAGUUGCACAAAAAUUGCUGAAUAGAAAGGUAAAGCCAUAUAUCCCUGAUUUCCACAAGGCCUUCAAACACUUUUGCAUCCAUACCGGUGGGCGAGCAGUGAUUGAUGGUGUCCAACGUAGCCUUUGUCUAUCAGAUGAGGAUGUUGAGCCAUCACGAAUGACACUACACCGAUUCGGGAACACAUCGAGCAGCUCUUUGUGGUAUGAGCUUGGAUACAUUGAUGCUAAGAGUCGGUUGCAGAAGGGUGAUCGGGUAUGGAUGAUUGGAUUUGGAUCAGGAUUCAAGUGCAAUAGUGUCGUGUGGGAGUGCAUCCAGUCUGCUAGCAACAUUGAUGGACCAUGGGCUGAUUGCAUCCAUCAGUACCCUUUGGAUAUACCUCAAGACCCGGACUUGUACAGAGUACCUGAACGGGAUGAAUCAUUUCAUGAGGCUUUCGACAAGUACCAUCGAGCUCAACCUAACUACAACGCGAAAGCCGGUCGUAGGUUGACACACAAGACCGGGUAUGAGCAAUACAAGUGUAUGUUUCUCGACGUCGGUGCACUCCCGGAUAUUCGACGAUGA